UGUGUCAAGAGUUUUCGAGACUGCCUUUUUGUGGAGAGAGCCGUCUUUCGCGCUUUCGAUAGCAGUGUGCUAUCAAAUGGAAAAAUAAAGAAAAGCGUAGACUCUCGCGAACCAUUUGAUGACAAUCAAACAUGGCUAAGUAUCCCCAAACAUCUAACGUUUAUUAAUAUCGAGGAUCCAUAUGAGCUUGAUUCCACGGCCCUGUCUCCGUGUGAAAUAGAGGACCUUGAUCAAUUGGUGACGCACAACCAGGACGAUGAGACCACGACGUCACCUCAUGCUGAUAGAGGUGAAAUAUCGGCCGGCGAUGGGAAUUUUCUCACACGCUUCCCAACAGCUCCGGAUGGGGAUGAAUCGCUGGUUAUCCCUCGGCCAAAUCAUGAUUUGCAUGACAACCUCUUGGCCUUGCGAUUACUGCGACACUUCAAGGAAGGGCCUGGACAAUGGAUGGAUACUUUUGAUACUGGAGCCUACUUCUCACACAAAGUAACAGUCAUGGCCGCUACAAAGCCAUUGUUGAAAUCUGCGGUGUGCGCUCUCGCAGCCAAGCACUUGGGCCAUUGUCAAACAAACACUCGUAGACGACGUGAAGAGCUUUCAGACGAGAGACGGACUGUCAUUUCGCCGUUCGAUGACAGAGUUGACUGGCAGUAUCAAUCUGCCAAACACUAUGGUUAUGCUAUAAAGCAUCUCAAAAUCGCUAUCAAUCUGGGAGCAUUUGAAACAGAUGAUGCUGAUAAAGAAGAAUUGUUUGCUUCUAUAACAAUACUGUGCACAUAUGAGUUGAUGGAUGCACCUGGUACAGCUUGGAGUGCCCAUCUCAGCGCUCUGCCUCUAUUUAGCCCGAGAUCGGAUACAGAGUCAAUUUUAGGCUCUCCCAUCACCAUCCCGAGGGCGGCUGUGUCGGGACCAAUAUUCUGGAGCCUAGCCAGACAGGAUUUGCUCUGUUCUUUCAUUAGCGAAACGCAAACACGACUGGAUUUGAAAGACAUCCGUCUGUGGCAAAAUGCAGGUCUCGUCACUGAUGAGCAUGGGUCACUUAUGCCUUUUUAUAUCUCCAAUGCUGCUGAUGUUGAAGAAGACGCAAGAAGCAACGAGCUGGUCUGGCUGCUGGGUAAAAUUGCCAACCAUAUCGCUGCUGGAGAUGCCCUCAAUCCUAAGCACUAUGCUCUCCCACCGGGUCAACGACCACUAGUUGGCGUGACACAAGAACAGCUACUAGAGAGAUGGAAUCUCCUUACCAGAGAGCUUCAGAAUUGGCGCUGUAGCCUCCCAGCUAGCUUCAACCCGAGUGCUCGAACCAGUAGUGCGGACAUGACAGGAGCAGUAGAAGAGGGGGACGGUAAUUGCCCUCUGAGUUUUGAGAAGAUAUGGUACGAAGCACCGAUAUGCGCCGCAACAAUGCAGAGCUAUCACAUGGCUUGCAUUUUGUUAUUAACAAAUCAACCCCAAGAGUCCACAGCUGUCCGCUCGUCCGUCUCUGCGCGCCUAGACUCAUAUCGACAAAGUGAGCGUGAGGCUCUCCGCCACGCUCGGGAAAUUUGUGGCAUCAGCCUGACAAAUCCUCCAGAUUCAGUGCGCGUGCACUCUGUGCAGGCCCUUUUUGUGGCGGGACAAGUCUUUACCGACUCACGAGACCUUCAGGUCGUGCUAGAGUUGUUGUCUAGUAUUGAGCGGGAUCUUGGAUGGACGACAAGCCACCAUGCUUCACGAAUUGCAGAU